CGGGCGGCACGACGCGCCAGUAUUCAGCCCGCGACGGUCGCGAGCGUUCGCGUACUUUCAGCUUUGCUAGUACAUAUGUAUUUAUUUGGGCUUGUUCUGUGCACGUAUAUAGUAUAUUAGUAUAUACGCAAACAUAUAUCCGAGUUCGUAAGGAUAAAUCUCCUAACCGGGGCAAGUGAAUUCUUCUCAAGAUUUUUUUCGACCACGCAUAUCGGUGAGGAGACGGAAUCGAAGAAACUUUUAACUUGUGAUGGAAUGCAGAAAGAGAGUAUGUCGAGGAGAGUUUCCCGAAGAAUCGCGUGAAAGUGAGAAUCGCGACGGAUGACUGCUUAAAAAUACCGAUUGUUUAUCAGUGGGGAAUCCGAGAAAUCGCAAAGUAAAAGAAGAAACGAAAACAGUGUAGCGGAAAUCUUAGGAAACGUGAACGGCGGGUGAUAUGAGUGAAUAUAGGAUCUUUCGUGACGUUAAACGAUCGAGUUACGGCCUGGUCGAAACAAACCCCGUCGAUUAACCGGCACGCGAUACGUCGGAAACACGAUUAAAACACAGUGCGUCCCUUCUCUUUUGCGCAAAGAAACCGACAGAUUCGUGAGCUCGCGUGGAAAGCGAAGCAACGUUGGAUACAGAAGGGAAAAGAAGCAAACGGGGUGUGUUCAAGAAGAGAAGUGAAAAAAAGGAAAAAUAAUGUGGUGUCACGUCCUCGCCACCGUCGUCGCUUUUUUGUGUGUUGUCUACGCUCAAGGAGGCCCGCGAACAUUUUCUGCUAGGCCUUACCGUGGAGGAUCAACAGUAACAACAAGAGCAGUUCUUCAAGGUACGGCAGAGUUGUCAUGUGAUAUCCGUCCACCGCAACAAAAUGAUUCCGUAAUUUUAGUUGUUUGGUACAAAAGCGAUACCACGCCUAUUUACAGUUACGAUAUGAGAGGCAAACAUUCUGAAAAAGCUUCUCAUUGGAAUAAUAAGGAUCAUCUAAACGAUCGUGCAUUCUUUAGAACUGUCACUGAACCAGCAACAUUAAACAUCAAUCACAUCGAAGAAAGAGACGAAGGUGAAUACAGAUGUCGAGUAGAUUUCGCGAAGAGUCCUUCCAGAAAUUCAAGAAUUCACCUGAUGGUCAUAGUACCACCGCAUAAACCAAAUAUUAUUGAUGAACGUGGAACUGUGCCAGCGGUAGCAGGUCCGUAUGAAGAAGGUGGUGAUAUGAAAUUACAAUGUCUUGUUUCUGGAGACGAACGUCCCCGUACGAUACACGACAGCUUGGAAGGAACUGACAAAUAUUCGCUAUUUCACGAGCUCUUACUGUCAAUGCCAUGUCGACCAGAGCCAAAAGUGAGAUGGUGGCGGGGAGAAAUGCUCCUUGAUUCGAAAGAUGAGCCAGGAGAGUUUCCAUCUCUUCGUAGAAAUGCCUUGAUAGUAAGGGAACUUUCAAGAGCUGAUCUUCAUGCGGUAUUUACUUGUCAGGCAUCCAACAACAAUAUCAGUCAACCUGUCUCUGCAUCGGUUGCAAUUGAAAUGCAUUUGAAACCAUUGUCUGUAGCAAUAUUAAGUAAUGAGCACGCACCCCUUAGCGCCGGACGAAAAUAUGACAUAAACUGUAUGACUGUUGGAUCCAGGCCUCCAGCAAAGUUAUCGUGGUACAUGGAUGGAAAGAAACUGAGUAACUACACGGAAAAGGUAUCUCAAGAUGGUAACAUGACAAGUUCGACGUUGAUAUUGAAACCAACGUUGCUUGAUCACGAUAAAGUAAUCACUUGCCGUGCAGAAAAUUUCGAAAUUCAACGAGGUAUAGUCGAAGACACAUGGAAAUUAAAUGUAUUCUUUGUACCAAUUUUACAUCUGGAGUUAGGAUCGAAUAUGAAUCCAGACGAUAUCGAGGAAGGCGAUGACGUAUACUUUGAAUGCAAAGUUCAUGCUAAUCCUGGCGCUUACAAAGUUAUAUGGAGGCAUAAUGGAAAUAUUAUUCAGAACAAUGCAAAAAAUGGUGUAAUAGUACAACAAUAUGGCUUGGCUUUGAGGGAAGUUAAUCGUUCUCAAGCAGGCAAUUAUACGUGUAUUGCUAGCAACGUCGAGGGAGAUGGUUACAGUAAUACUGUCGAACUUAAAAUUAUGUACAAACCUAUUUGUUUACCUGAUCAGAAACGAAUUUAUGGCGUAGCUCGUCACGAAGAUGCACGAGUAACAUGCAGCGUAGAGGCAUACCCAUCUCCAGAUAGUUUCCGUUGGACAUUUAACAAUACGGAAGAAAUGGUGGAUGUACCUCAGGCACGGUACAAGAAUUCUACACGUCAUAGUCAAAGUAUUCUUAUUUAUCGACCAAUUACAGAAAUGGAUUACGGUACAGUGUUCUGUUGGGCAAGUAAUACGGCUGGCCAACAAAAGAACGCUUGUAUAUUUCAUAUCAUCCCAGCAGGAAAACCUGAAUCUCUGUACAACUGCACGCUGUCUAAUCAAACAACCGAUUCACUCUCGGUGGAGUGUUGCGUUGGUUUCGACGGUGGUCAACCGCAGCACUUUCUUCUUGAAGUCUUUGAUCAGCAUACAGGAGUACUGCAAGCAAAUAUUACAUCCGAAGAAAACGCUGUUUUUACUGUUCACGGAUUACAAUCUGGCAAAAUCCUUAACAUGGUUUUAUAUGCCGUAAAUGCGAAAGGAAGAAGCGAACCCACUUUGUUGGAAGGAUUUACAUUAAAGAUUGCUGAGAAACAAACUGGAAUACCGGUACCAUUCGAAAUUUCCCCAUUAUUAGGAGGACUGAUUGGAGUAGUAACUGCAUUGCUUUUUAUUACUAUUGCUAUUCCAAUAGCUAUGAAAAUUAGAAAUGAACGAAGAACUCAAAGACCAAGUGAUCUACCGUUAAAGAAAAGCACCGCACCCAGUUCCGAAGAUUUGUAUGAUACAGAAGAUAGAAAUCCAGAUGUUGUACCAAUAAAUAAAGGUUCUGAUUACCAAUUGACGGGAUCCAUAUCUGGCACUCCGUUAGCUACGCAAAAUACACCGGAUGGACUUACGGCGACUUCGCUUUCUAUACAACAAGUGACCCACCUACAAGGAUUGUCACCGUAUCCACACGAGUAUAAUAAUUAUCCGGCAUUAUCGAGAAUCAUACAAACUAUCCCAUCUUGUAGCGCCAGGUCAACCAACAAGGAAUCAUCUCCAAAUUUAUCAGACGAGGUAACGUACGCCGAAUUAUGUUUGACACGUCCAUCAGCAUUAUCAACGUUAGUAAGCGAUACAACGUUGACUGGUGCAAGUGGAAUUGGCAGUUUAAGUACACUCGACGGUUACGGUAGUGGGGUGAUCGUAGGUGGUAAACCGUGUACAAGAGAAGCUACAAUUUAUGCUUGCAUAGAUCACAAUGCAAGACCAUUAAAAAUCGAUCCAUCGUCUACUUCGCCGUUCACAUUGGCAUCUCUGUCGACAAGAAAUACAUUUCGGGACUGUAAUGUUUCAACAAUGAAUAACAAACACCCCACAAGAGAAAUUGUUACUGUACGUACACCGUUGAUAUCAACCCAAGAAAGUUGUGUAUAGGGAUGCGAUUCUGACGCGCUGAAUAUCAACGAAUACUACGUUUGAUCUGUUGUGCGCGUCUAGUUCUUAAAUGUGGUUCUACAACCAUUUGUCCUAUAACGAAACGUACAUAUAUACAUAUAUGAUAUUUGAUAUGCGACAAGUGUGUAAAGUAGUUAACAGAAUUAACGUCAGGUGGACUAAUCAAUCAUUAAUUGUCAAAUAUUAGUACGGUAGCGAAAGAAUACAAAGGAACAACGUGUCCUCUUGGUAUAUUAAAAAUAAAAGCGUGAUAUUAAUGUUAAUCUACGAAUUGUUCAAAGACACUGAUAAGUUAAGUUUAAAUUUGGUCACUAAGACUGAUUUAAAUAUUAUGUAAUCUUUCAUGUACAGGGUGCCCCGUUUAUUGUUAGCAACUAAAUUGUUUCGCCCGUUACUUGAAAUGCAAAAAUAUUCGCGGUUGUAUGAUUUAAAGAUCUGUUUUUAAUACUAAAUGGACAUUUCAAGUUCACGAAGCUAUAAGCUUUUCGUUACUCGUGUUAUAACUCGUACCAAUUGAUCGAAAUGCGAAAGAUCAGUGGUUAUAUCGGUUCUCAAUUUUUCGCUAAAAUCAAUAUACAUUACAUCAUUACGCAUUUCACGCAUUAAGAUAUUAAUUGCCAUUUCUUCACCCAACCUCCAUAUUUUUCGAAUUACUUACGAUAUGUAAGUACUUAGCAUUGUGUUUAGCGUAUUAAACUAUAAUAUUUCGUAUAACUGAUAAUGAUAUCCAUUCGGGUGAUAUGAAAAUUUCUAUGACUAAUUUUUAUCUAUAAAAUGCUGAUUUACCUUUCACCAUUGUAUGAUGAUAAAAACUCAUGGUGUUACACAAAAUGAUACGAAUAACAGUGUGAGAAUUGUCAAUUCUGACAAUGUAAAAAAUAUAUUUUUUGUCAUCAAUAAAUAUAGAGGAAACAUUCGAUAAUUGCAUAAGAAUAUCCUCUUCGUAAUUCCACAGUCGUCAUCCUGGUUACGGGAUGGGAGGUUGGGUAUAUCGUAUUUGGUGCCGUUUUAAUCAUAAAAAUGUAGGAAACAUGUUGUUUGUAAAUAUGUUUCAUUUAUCACAAAUCAAAAAUAAGAAAGCUUGAUUUUUAAGUUAAACGUAUCAGCUUGUCUCCAGCCUUUAACGUUUGCCGAACGUCCCUCUUCCUCUUUCACUCACGUUGUCCUUUUUCUACGUCCGGCACAUCUGAAAUCUCAGUGAGUUUCGAGAAUCGAGAAUCGUUUCUGCCUUUGUAGAAUUGCGACACUCGAUUUUUUUGCAAUUACCGAAUGUUUCGUGUAUUUUGUUUCGUUUUAUUUUCUUAAUCGUGUUGACCGGAUGAAAUACGACGGUGCGGAGUUAAUAUAAAUCUCCAUUGAUUCAUAAAGUCUCGCGGUUUGCUCCUUAUAGUUAAUACACAUAUAACAGAUGUUAAGUUACACAAGGUUGUGCCAGAAUUACUCUUCUAGGAUUAGCGAAUUUCUUGUAACAAGUGAUAUUCGCAUCAGGAAAGAUAUUGCUGUCAAUCGGAAAGGAAUAAAGAACAACAAACACAUACAAACAAUCUCGCUUGACAUUUGUCAUUCUUUCUCUCUGGUGAAACGUUGAGAUAUUCGCGCUUCCGCGUUCAGUCGGCAUAGUUGUCUCAGAAUGCUAGACGGUGUCUUCCAACUAAUAUAUCUAUCGGAACAAGAGAGAGAGAGAGAGAGAGAGAGAGAGUUCCCAUGUACAUGUGUAUGUAUAUACUGUCACGGCAUGGAAAAUUGCCUUGAUCGACGAGAUACCUUUCACGUAGUAGCACUGCUAAUCAACGAACUAUUCAAGAACGGCCUCGUUCUCAACUUACUGCUGAGAAAGAAGUUUGGUGUACUGAAUCCAAGUUGUCGUCGUGUGAGUUCUAUUAGGCUGAAGGAGGACAUUCAAAGUGGACUACAUAGGUUUUAAUCCGGAGUGGAUCAAGAGUGAACGAGUAGAGAAUAUCGGAGAGAGUAACAUCGAAAGAGAGUAUUCGUACAAGUUAGUCGUAGUUGGUCCUCUCGUGACUCACAGUACUUUUGUCUUCGCGCAUAUCGCUCGUUACAGAAAGCUCGCUUCUUGUGUAUGUUAACCAUAAGCAAGAUGCUUAGUUAAAUUAUGUUGUAUGCUGCCAAGUUAAACUAUGAUGUAGUGUGUGAAUCAAAGGAGAUCAUCGUUUCUUUGUCGACUAAUGUGAACAACACAUUUUAAGGAAAGUCAACGUAAGAGCCUCGAAUCAAAUGCAACCUAUAUCAUCAUCUUUUUCCCAUCAUUAAUAACUAUGAAAAAAAGUUGUGUUCAUGAGUUGCAGAUUACUAUGUAUAUAUCUUCGCAUAUCUUGUUUAACUUAUUAUACCGAUAUAAUAAUUACUACGCUAUAAAUUUCAGAAAAGUAUUUAUGAGUUGAUACAUACUUGGAUUAUUUCAGAGUUCAAUAGGCUUUAAUGAAUUUUUAUCAGAAUUGAAAAAUCAAAUAAAGCUGAUCAAUUGAAACUGGGAUCACACAAUGAUUUAAUAUUUAAACAUGUCAAUUCAAUCAGGCAUUAUUUUUAAUGUCCACGCGUAUGUGCACGGUUGAUAAUUAUUUGGAAUAGGAGCAAUUUCACCGAUGAUCUUGAAAUGUGUUAUCAAGGUCAAUAUUCCGAGCAACUUUUUCUUAUGUAUGUAAACCGCUGCUCGGCUCCGGUCCAAAAGUUAUAAAGCAAUUUAUAUUUAAUACCAAAUGGCGUUAUUCGAUAAAUCAUUUCAUAAAUAUUUAUUCUGUAAACAAUGUUACAACGACGGUAGGUAUAUUUGUAUAUUGUAUAUCUUUCACCAGUUGAAGAUCAAAACAACAUUCCAUACAUAUCAAUCGAUGUAUCGAAAAUUAUUUAACGCUUAUCUUGCCGCUUGAUGCUAUUCUACGCUGAUCUAUUCUAAUCCAUCAGUUUUUCUUUUUUAUUUGUCCAAUGUUAAAAACGAUUAUCUCAUCAAUGGACUAAGCUUAGGUUGGGUUGUAUAAAAAUGCGACUAUCUAGAAUAAAGCAUAAUCUUAAAGUAAACGUAAUCGAAGAUUUUUGCAAAUAUCUUGGCAACUAAAGCAUAGCGGCGGUUAUACACGCGUAUAUGUAUGUGUGUAUAGGAAUGUUCACUUUGACAAUGUAUUUCAAGGUCAUGGAAAUUGGCGAGGUCGCCUGUAUUCCGAACCGAGUUACCGUACCGUUUAAUAUACAUAGUAUUAGUAAAUUUUAGUUCCAAUCAAUAUAUGAAUUUGAUGUAGCACUGCUAGUAUGAUGAGAGAUAAUAUGUAUUAUAAAAAAAAAAAAAAGUAAAAGUGUAUUGUAAAAGUGUAAUAUGACCAGAAUAUAUGAAUUGUUUUGUAAUGAUUUA